AUGGAUCCCUCCCAAAACAACUACUAUUCGCAACUCCUUACCGGUGAAGGAUCGACCUUAUACUCGCCGUUCUAUACAGAAGUCGUAGAAGAAGGUCAUCCCAUCGAGUUAUCGCAAUCCGCAAUACAACAAGUGUCAUCCCAAGAAACACCGACCACAAAGAAGAAGAAGGCUUACACGCGGUCCGAAAAUUGGACUACCCAUGAGGAUAAGCUUCUUGUGUCUGCUUGGCUGAACACGAGCCAAGACUCCAUCCAAGGCACGGGGCAACACAAAGAUAAGUUCUGGCACAGAGCUAACGACUACUUUAUCCAAUACACCACCGAUCUAACGAGUCGCACACCAAACCAAAUGAUGCAUCGUUGGUCAACGAUUCAACUGUUGGUCAACAAGUUCUGCGGGUGCGUUGCUCAGAUUGAAGGAAGACAAAGAUCUGGUACUGGAAUUAUUGACCAGACUGCAGAAGUAAAAGAAUUAUACCAAUCCCUUUAUGGUAAGCCAUUCGUGUUGGACCAUUGCAGGGUUGAGUUGCGUCAUCACCAAAAAUGGAACCAACAAAUGGAAACUUACAAUAAGAUUCGAUCACAACCAAGAAGAAUCACGAACUCUGAUUCCUCACCGAACAACUCCAUGCCAGCGACCCCCAUCGAGUUGAACAUUGACUCGGAUGAUGUUAUAGCAAGGCCUGAAGGGAGGAAAGCGGCAAAACUCAAGAGGAAACAAAAUGUGGACAAAUCUGAGUCCGCUAAGUCCAUUAUGGGAGAGGCUUUCGCGUGGAUGAAGCAAACCAACAAAGAAAAAAUGGAGCUAAAACAGAAGAAACAAGAUGACGAUAUUAUGAAGAUCGAUCUCUCAACACUCAAUUCAGUUCAACGACAAUACUUUGAAAUGCGUCAGGCGGAGAUAUUGGAGAGGUGGAUGUCCAAGGGUUCUUCCUAA